AUGGCGUCCAACGACGUCAACGUCAAGGUGGCUGUGCGCUGCCGGCCCAUGAGCGGCAAGGAGACGCAAAUGGGCGCCAAGACGAUCGUGUCGGUCGUCGACAAGAUGAUUUGCAUCGAGAGCCCGACGGCAGGCGCAGAAGAGGCCAAGAAGAAGUUCACAUUCGACUACUGCUACUUUGUCGACUCGGACCAAGCGACCGUGUACGCCGAAGUGGCCCAGCCGCUCGUGGACCAGGCUUUCCAGGGCUACAACGGCACCAUCUUUGCGUACGGCCAAACAGGGUCUGGGAAGACGCACACGAUGAUGGGGUCCGGUGACGACCAUGGCAUCAUUCCCAAAAUGAACUUCGACCUUUUCCAGCGCGUCGCGGCGCAAACCAACGAUGAGACCAAGUACCUGAUCACGGUCUCGUUUCUCGAGAUCUACAACGAAGUCAUCAAGGACCUCCUCAACCCGUCCGAUAAGGUGCUUAAGAUCCGCGAGCACCCCGACAUGGGCAUCUACGUGGAGCACUUGGCCGAACUCGUGGUGCGAGAGCCCAGCGACGUCUCGCGGCUCAUCGACGAAGGCAACAAGGUCAGGCAAGUCGCGGCAACCCAAAUGAACGAACGAAGCUCGCGGUCGCACUCGUGCUUUACCAUCAAAAUCGGUUCCAAGAAAACCGAGACACUGGGGGAUAUCACGCGCGAGACGAUCAUGAACGCCAAGAUCAACCUCGUCGACUUGGCGGGCUCAGAACGCGCAGCCAAAACGGGUGCAACUGGCGACCGGCUCAAGGAGGGUGCUGCCAUCAAUAAGAGCCUCUCGGCCCUCGGCAACGUCAUCAACAUGCUCGCGGAUCGGUCCAAGAAGGGUCACGUGCCCUAUCGCGACUCGAAGCUGACGCGACUUCUUCAAGAGUCGCUUGGUGGCAACUCGCUCACAGUCAUGAUCGCAGCGGUCUCGCCUGCCGACUACAACUACGACGAGUCGCUUGGCACGCUGCAGUACGCCAAUCGCGCCAAGUCGAUCAAAAAUGCAACGCGCAAGAAUGAGGAUGUCAACGAAAAAAUGAUCCGCGAGCUUCGCGAGGAGAUUGAGCGCCUGCGGCAAAUGGUCCAGGGCAACUCGGUGGCGGUGCCGGCCAAUCCCGACGCUUUGCGCGACAUGGACGAGAUGAUCGCCAACCUCGAGCGUGCCAAGCAGCAGUCGUGGGAGGAGAAGGAGCGGCUGGCCGCCUUGUACGAAGCCGAGCGUCAAAAGAGCAUGGCGAAUGAGACCAAUAUCCUCGCCUUCAUGCAGACGGUCAAAGAAGAGAAAAUCGAUGGCAUCAAGCGCGUCAAGCGCCUCCAUCAAGAAAAAGCCAAAUUGACCAAAGUACUCCGCGAAAAGAAAGACAACUACGGCACGAUCAAAAAGAAGCUCCAAAGUGACAUUCAGACGUACCAAGACGUCACCAAAACCAACGAACGCGACGCCCGCGUGCCCGAGCUCUUGGUCGUCAUCGACAAGAUGAAAGAGCAGCUCAUCGCGGAGCGGGAUGCGUUGGCGAGUUUAAAAGACCAGCAAAAGGCCGUCGAAGACAAAAUUCUCGAAGAAGAAGCCGACAUUGCAGCCAAGUCGGCGGUUCUCCAAGAGAAUGAAAAGCUCCGACAAGCAAUCCAAGAAGACGAGCGCCAGAAAAUGAAGCAGGAGAAGGAGUCGUUCCUGGAGCAAGCGCUCGCUGAGGAACGCCAGCGGCUCAAAACGCAGGCCGAGGACGAGCGUGUCAAGCUCGAAAGCAUUUUGAACGAAAGUGUCGACAAGGAAAAGCGGCUCGCGGAAGAAGUCGUCAAGCAGCGCGACCGAGCGCUCUUGAUGAACCAAGAGAUGCACCGUCUCAAGCACACGUUUGCCGAGUCACAGACGCAGACAAAAACGCAGCUUCAGGAGAUGCUCUCGGAGCUCACAGCCGCGUGGGACGCAGAGCGUUUGCAGAUGCAGCGGAAGUACACGACGGCCGUCCAGUUGCUGCAGCAAGCCCACAACGACAUUGUGUAUCUGAGCUCGCGGAAUGCGCUCUUGGAGAAGCAGCUCGACGAGGCGUUGCGCUGGGAGCGACCCAUUUGA